AUGGCUAUCUCUAGAGUUGUGUGCCUAGGCUUUCUUCUCCUCAUAGGGUUCGGUUUAGCUUCAACUGCCAGAACUCUUCUCGAUUAUGAUCCACGUACACGUCAAUAUAAUUACGAUCGUCCUACUCCACGAGUAGGGUACGAUCCUGGCCAUCGUGAUGAAUCUUAUGAUAAUGCAUAUGGUGGAAGCUCUAAUAGAGGACAUGGGAUUGGAGACUCUACUUUUGGAGGUUAUUCAGGACGAUAUGAAGGUGGUGGUGGACGUGAUUCUGGAUAUGGAAGUCGAAAUGAUGAUCGUGGGACUGGAUAUGGUAAUGGUGGUGGAUAUAAAGAUGUAGUAGGACAUGAUGAUGGUUAUGGUAGCAAUGGUGGUCGAGGACGCGAUUAUGGAUAUGGAGGUCAAAAUGGUAAUCGUGGGGUUGGAUAUGGGAAUGGUGGUGGAUAUGGAAGCGUAGGAGAACAUGGUGAUGGUUACGGUAGCAAUGGUGGUGGAGGCUAUGGAAAUGGUUAUGGCCCUUCCCUUCGAGGUUCAACAUAUGGAAAUGGUGGAGGUAGAGGAAGUGGCAAUGGCUAUGGAGAUUCUCAUGGAUAUGGAGCACGUGACAAUGGGUAUGGAAGUGGUGGAGGAGCUGGUGGUGGCUAUGGUGGUGGUAAUGGAAGUGCUGGUUACGGUAAUGGAGGUGUCCAUAGAGGAGAAUAUGAUAACAACAAAGGAAGUGGAGAAGAAGGAGGCUAUGAUGGUCGAUAUGCACUCAAAAACUCCAUCUCAAAGGAGAAUUGA